AUUAACGUUACGUAGGCGUCGCCGUCGCCACUCAGCUAUUUUUUUUUUUGCCCUUCUUCAAAGACCUCGUUUUGAAGCACACAGCUUGUUCCUCGCCUUGCGGCCUGCGGGGUAUCCUCCUCCACCCCGACAAAAUGAAGUCAAGGAGGAUAUUUGGAUUCUCUGUGUCUCUCAUUCUCAUCAACCUUGCUUCUAUUAUGGAGCGUGCCGAUGAGAGUCUAUUACCAGCAGUUUAUAAAGAAGUUAGUCAGGCCUUCAAUGCUGGUCCUAUUGAGCUCGGAUACCUUACUUUCAUACUAAAGUUUGUUCAGUCAAUAGCAUGUCCUGUGGCUGGCGUGCUAAUCCUUUAUCAUGACCGCCCUGUUGUUUUGGCAAUGGGUACUGCCUUCUGGGCUUUGUCCACAGCUGCAGUUGGUUUGAGCCAGCGUUUUGAGCAGGCUGCAUUUUGGAGGGCAAUAAAUGGGUUUGGGUUGGCCAUUGUCAUACCUGCACUGCAAUCAUUCAUUGCAGAUAGUUAUAUGGACGGUAUGCGUGGUACUGGAUUUGGCUUGUUAAGCCUUGUAGGUGCAGUAGGGGGGAUCGGAGGUGGCGUUCUAGCUACAAUUAUGGCUGGACACGAGUAUUGGGGAAUACCAGGAUGGCGUUUUGCUUUCAUCAUGAUGGCAUCAGUGAGCUUGCUGAUUGGAGUUCUGGUAUAUCUGUUUGUUGUUGAACCUAGGAAAGAUCCUUUGGCUGCUCAUGGUGCUGAUGAUGACACUGAAAGGGUCACGUUGGUUCCGAAAGGUACCGUAACUGUAUCUUCGAUCUGGAGUAAUUCCUGGUUAGCGAUGAAAUCUGUGAUGAGAGUGCAUACAUUUCAGAUCAUUGUCCUUCAAGGCAUUGUUGGUUCAUUACCAGGGGCAGCCAUGGUUUUCUUCACAAUGUGGUUCGAAUUGAUAGGAUUCGACAAUAACAGCUCGGCUUCGUUAAACAGCCUUUUCCUCGUCGGAUGUGCUUUGGGUUCCUUCCUAGGGGGAUGCAUAGCUGACAGCAUCUCCAAGUACUACCCUGACUCGGGCCGAGUUAUGUGCGCUCAAUUCAGUGCUUUCAUGGGUAUUCCUUUUUCUUGGAUUCUUUUUACUCGAAUCGAGCAGUCUGUAGAAAACUGGAAUGCUUUCGCCGUCACACUGUUCUUCAUGGGCUUAUGCAUUAGCUGGUGUGCCUCUGGCGCCAACAACCCCAUGUUUGCAGAGGUUGUCCCGCCCAAGCAUCGCACAAUGAUUUAUGCAUUUGAUCGAGCAUUCGAAGGAUCGUUCGCCUCAUUUGCAGCGCCAGCAGUAGGUUUCCUUACCGAGAAGAUUUAUGGUUAUGAUCCGAAAUCAUUCGAGACGUCAGGCGGGUCCGCUCAAGGUGCGUUAGCACUAUCAAAGGGUCUUCUGGCGAUGACUGUCGUUCCUUUCGGCUUGUGUUCCUUAUUUUACAGUCCUCUCUAUGUGGUAUUCAAGCGCGAUCGGGAUAGCGCUAAGGUGGCCUGUUCAAAGGAGCUAGAAAUGAUCUCGUAGAAAGACAAUAGCAACAACAUCGAUCGCAGUUCGUUGGUUGUUUGGUAGGUCAAGCCUUGCCUCACUUGGAACUAGAGCUUCAACCUUCACCUCCUGUC